AUGGCGAACUCAAAAGUGCAUGAAGGGCGACGAGCCUUGGCAGAUAGUCAGCACAGCUCCAUCUCGGCGGAGAUGGGAACUUCUUCCGAUGACGAACGCGACGACAUCCAGGGAGCCCAGGAGGACGAUGUGCGUAAUGCUAUUGGCGUGAGCAUCGGUCGAGGACAGUCAAGACUCCUUGACUCCACAACUCCGGUUGUCGAGAAGAAUGCCGCCAUUGACCAGACUGGUGGCUUCUUUGGCACCUCUUUAGAGAGCUCUUUGAGCGUUGCGGCCGCAGAUGGCACCGAUGAAAGUGGCGGCGAGGACCGCGAAACCACUGAUGGCGACAAGAGACGCCAAGGCCGAUUCUUCAACAAUAUCGAGCAACCUCGAGAUCUCUCGGGGCUCCCAUCGCCAUGGCGGGUCGAUCAAAGACAGCUCGGAAGAUCGAAGGGCACGAUGUCCAUCCUGCGAGAUGGGUUCUCUUUUGGCAGGAAGCGAGCUUCUUCUGGUCCAGAGUCCACCCCAGAAAGUGGUGGGCAAAAGUCCUUACUCGCCAGUUUCACGAUGCCGAGGAACUUCGCUUUGGGAUCUUCCUCCACUUCUGCACGGGAAAAUGACAAGGAGGAGGAUCGGCCGCCUUUGAGCGACGAUGUGUCAAGUAGGCAUUCAACGUUCGGCGACAGAACUCAGAGUUCCUCGCCAGCCAAAACUAUUCGCUCUCCAACGCCAUAUGGACAUCGAUCAAGACAGCCUUCUGGCACAAACUCUCCAUGGGAGUAUGAAGAAGCGCAAGCGACGGUCGCCGACCUGCCCAGAGAGUUGCGACUGCAGCACGCUCAAUCACGACCAGAACCUCCGCUUCGUCGCUCUACCUCGGACACUUCUCUCGUUACGCAGCGGACGCUUUCUCGAGUCUCGUCUCUUGGCGACGACAGUCGUUUUGAGAAUGUACAGGAACAAGUCAAUAGCAGGUUCAAGGCUAUCAAGGACAGCUUGCAGGAUUCUAGCAUCAGACUGCCAAGUAUGCCUUCGAUAUCCAGCUUCAACGUCACUAGAUUUGGUUCCGAUUUCCUGAACCGGGAAAGAUCCGGAUCACUGGGCUUGAAGCCGCCUGCCAACAACUCCCACAACGGAUCUCCGAACCGCUCAAUGCAUUCUGAAAGGCCGGUUGACCCUAUGACAAGACAGCCCUACGCUUCGGCAAAAGCUGCCAUCUCUGAUGCAGGUGUCGAUAAGCCUUACAGCGAGCAUGUCCAUUUCAAUGAGGCUCUGGACAAUCUGGAAGGCGAUAUUGUGAUACUCGGAGGCUAUCGUGGGUCUGUGCUGAGAUCUGCAGAGCCUCCGCAUCGGCAAUUAUGGGUGCCCAUCAAAGUUGGCUUGAAUCUGCGGAAAGUUGAUCUAGAAGUUGGUUUUGGAGAGGAUGAUGACGAGCGGGCCUCCGAGAAAGUCAUUGCCGGAGGCAUGCUAACCCAUAUUGGUCCGGUCGAUAUCUCCAGGCGUCUGCUGAAGCGAUUGAGAACAUGCGAAAAUGCACGUUCAGGAAGACUGAGGGUGCACGAGUACGGCUACGACUGGAGGUUACAUCCUCAUUAUCUCAGCAAGCAACUUAUAUCGUUCCUGGAAUCCUUGCCAAGCAACAGUCGUGGAACUCCAGGGGGCAAUCGUGGAGCUACGGUGAUUGCACAUUCACUGGGUGGUUUGAUCACGAGACAUGCCGUGAAUCAGCGUCCGGAACUUUUUAACGGUGUGGUCUAUGCCGGUGUGCCGAAGACUUGUGUCAACAUUCUAGGUCCGUUCCGGAAUGGAGACGAGGUGCUCCUCUCCAGCCGCGUUCUCACAGCGCAGGUAAACUUUUCGAUCCGUACAAGUUUUGCGCUUCUCCCUCUCAAUGGCAGAUGCUUCUUCGACAAGACCACGAGAGAGGAGUAUCCGGUCGACUUCUUUGACCCUCAGACUUGGAUCGACUAUCGGCUAUCUCCCUGUAUUGCUCGACCGCUUCCGCCUUUGACGGCACCUCCGAAGCCAUCGGGAAUCACAGGCUAUGUCAGCUCCAUGGCCAGUGCUCUUCCAAGUCUCCCUCUUCGAAAUCGCAAAGCCAGCGUGAAUCGGAACAAGAAUUCUGAGCCAUCGCAUGCUACCGUUUUUGGAGGGGUCGAGGCGCCGGAUACACCAGAUGACGGCGCAGAGGCUAUGACACUUGGCAAUUACACCACUCCUGGUAGGCAGCAGUUGGAUGUGGAUGGCGAUGCGGAUACCGAUACACCAUCUCCGCGCACGGCUGUCACCAUCUCUCGUGGAGAAGCGCUUGAAUAUCUGACUAGGACGCUUCGGACUGUGAAACAAUUCAAAGAGGAGCUCGCUUUCAGACCCGAGCAUCACUCGACGAAUGUGUAUCCUCCGAUUUCGGUCAUCUACGGCAAGUCGACGCCUACAGUGUUCGGUGCCAAAGUUGAUGGCAGGGAAGGGAUCAAGCACGUCGGCGCCUAUGACGAGCUCGCGUUUGCAAGUGGAGACGGCGUUGUCCUUGCGAAAGCCGCUAUGGUGCCUGACGGAUAUCGCACUGUUCGAGGCGGCAUUGUAAGCUCUGAAAGAGGACAUGUAACACUAUUAGGUGACUUGGAGGCAGUUGGAAGAUGCUUGAAUGCGGUACGAAGAGCUCGUAGACAAGGCGUUGGAUAUGUCAAUUGA